AUGAACGGAAGCGCUCAUACACACAAUCGCAUAGGCACGUCGUACAUAAGCCAUUCUCCCUUUUCUGCGUUGUCUGCGCGUUCGACUUCGUUAUUCUAUGUCUGUUUGUGGCGGUUUUACAGCCCCAAGUCGCCGGAGACGGACACCUCACAUGCCCACACGUUGUCGGGCUGCGCACGUCCAUCUUGUACGAAGCAGAUCGCCACGUGCUGCACAAUGGCAUCUCGAGCAAGCCUUUUAUCCCUGGCGUGCGUUGGGAUAGCCAUCGUGAUUCUCCUAGUGUGCGCACAGUCUGUCGUUGCACAAGGCGACGAGCCCAGCGCUGCCUUCUCGCAACAAGGAGCGCCUGAGUCCGAGAAGGACCAGCACCUGCUGCGCCUGGUGGUCAUCCUCCUUCCAGUCAUGUUCGUGUUAUGGUUCAUUCUGUGCAUCAUCUUAGCGUAUAUCUACAUUUGUGUGUGCCCCAAGUAUUACGCCAAGUAG